AAACAACUGUCAACAAUUCAGCAUCAAAUCAAAGACAACGACGCCGGGAAAAUAACCUUUUGUUGUGUUGCAGUUCGUUCGAUUUGAUAUUUUAAUUUGUUAAAAUAUCGGAAUGAACUGAACUCAGCAGCAAAUAAAAACUUAAAUAUUACAAUGGCGGGAAUAAAAUCUUUGGCAGUACGAGGUAUCCGCAGUUUUGGUCCUGAAGAAUGUGAUGAGCAAAGGAUUUCCUUUGAAAAACCUUUGACACUAAUACUCGGUCAAAAUGGGUGCGGUAAAACUACAAUUAUUGAAUGUUUACGAUAUGCAGUAACAGGUCAAAUGCCUCCGGGUAGCCGAAAUGAAUGCUUUGUACAUGAUGCUAAAGUCAACAGGUCGACUGAAGUAAUGGGUCAAGUAAAAUUAAAGAUAGUCAAUGCUAAAGAUAAGCAACUGGAGGUAUCAAGAUCAAUGAGAGUAACAGCAUUACAAAAGAAGAAAACCAAGUUCCAGACUUUGGAUUCUUUCCUUUCAGUCAUAGAUGAAAAUGGAAAGGCAAAAGAUAUAUCUUCAAGAUGUGCUGACUUGGACAUUGUUAUGCAUGAAGAACUAGGUGUGUCAAAAGCAAUAUUGAACUCCGUCAUAUUUUGCCAUCAGGAAGAUUCAAGCUGGCCUUUAGAUGAAGGCAAAAAAGUGAAAGAGAGGUUUGAUGAGAUUUUUGAUGCUGAUAAGUACAGUGAUUGUAUAGAUAAGCUGAGAAAAAUAAGAAAGGAAUAUGCUACAACUCUCAAGUUGCUUGAGCAAGAGGUCGCUCACUUAACAGACAAGAAGCAAGAAUUAGAUAAAAAGAAGUUAGAUGUUGUCAACACUGAGUCGAGAAUCUCUGAAGCUGAGUUGAAAUUGAGUGAAUUGACCCAUGAGCUGAAUCCUAUUACUGAAAAAAUUAAUGCCAUUGUUGUAUUACAGAAGAAUUUGGUUUCUUUUGAGUCAAAAAAGGAGAAGAUUAAGACUAGACUAGAACAUUGCCAGACCCAAGAGCAAGAACUGAAGAAAAGCAUACAAAAUGUUUUUGAAGGAACAACAGCUGAAUUACAAGAAAAUAUCACGAACUAUGCAGCAACAGCUAAAACUAAACAGAAAGAACUAGAUGAAUCCUACAAAAAGAAUUCUUCAUUUAAUAAAGAAGAGGAGAAAAUAGCUAAUGAGAAAACAGCAAAUGAAGUUAAAUUUAACAAACUGAUUAUGUUGGAAAGCCAAAAUCAAGAGAAAAUUGAUAAAAGAAAUUCUUUAAUUGUGGAGACUGGUAAACUUGCUGAUCUAGAAAUUGAGAAAGUGGAGACAGAUGAAGAUGCAGAUAAAGGCAUGAAUACCAUUACUCAAAAGAUUAAGGAGCUACAAGACAAUCUGAAGGAGCAGAAGGGGGUGGCUGAUGAUGAGGAAAAGAAGUUCCAGCAUCAUGUGGACCAGUGUAGAGAUGCUUUGUCGCGACAAAAAGAAAAAAUAUCAAACAAAGAGGGUGAUAUUCAAACAAAUAAGAAGGAUAUAGCAAAAAUAGAGAAACAAAUAACAGAUGUGAAUAAAUCAAAGCAAAGACUAGAAACUGUCGAGACAAAAUUGAAGACUGCUGAAGAGGAUUUUGAACGGAUCAAAAAUGAACUCAAUACUGAAGAAAGUCAAAAGGAAAUAAAUGAAAAUGAAAAACUAAUUGAAACAAAUGAACAAGAGCUCGAAGUGUUAAAUGAAAAGGUAACAAAGCUACAAAAACAAACAGCAAAAAUUAAAGAAAAGGAUAUGAUUGAGGAAUUGGUUAAGCAAAAGGAGAAGCAAUUGACAGUUUUAAAGAACAAACAUAAAGUGGCUUUGACUGAACUAGUAGGAGACAUUCAAAGUAAUUUUGCUGUAUCUGUGAACAAAUUGGAAUGUGAACUCAGAUCUGAAGUGGAUUCAGCAAAACAGAAGAUCAAAGAGAAGCAAAUGGAAAUAACUCGUCUAGAAGCUGAUCGAAAGCACGCCCGCGACCAACUCAACGAACGUAAAGCGGAACUCACUAAAGCAGAGGACCAAAUGUAUAAAGCUUGUGGUACACAGACAUACGACGCUACACUAGCUAAAAUAACGUCAACUGUUGAAAAACUUCAGGAUGAGCAAAAUGUUCUACAAUCAUCAAUGUUUAUAAUAGCUAAGUAUAAAAAUCAACUAAAAGACAACAAUUGCUGUCCACUGUGCAACCGAGGUUUUGAAACAGACACAGAGGUAUCAGAUCUCAUAACACAAUUAACAACACAAGUCAUGAAUGUGCCGGCCAAGCUUGAGAAAGUAACAGAGGAAUUACAGAAGUCCUCAGCAAAGAAAGAUGAUUUGCUCAGUAUGAAGUCGCUCAAUGAGAGAAUCAUCAGCCUUAAAGAGAAGGAGAUUCCACAGUUGGAAAAACGUCUCAGUGAUAUUGACACUGAAUUAUCAAGUGCUACAGAGGAAACAGACGAGCUCUCGAUGACCAUGAUAGAGCCCGAGAAGCGCUUGCAGACGGCGCGCUCGCUCGCCGGCGACAUGCCGCUGCUCGACCGCUUCACUAAUGAUUUGAAAACGGCCAAUAAAGAUCUAGAAACAAUUAAAGCGCAAUGCACGGACAUCAUAACAGACAUGACGCUGGACAAAGCGACAACGCAGCAGAGCUCGGUGCGGCAACGUCUCUCCGCGUUGCGGUCGCAAGUGAAGAGCGCGCAAACUGCGCUCAACGCACACAAUAAGAAACUACAUAACGCAACUGAGAAGAAGAUUAAACUGAAGGAGGAAGUCGUUAAUAUUCAGAAGAAGGUUCAAGAUCUAGUCAACCUGCAAGAGAACCUAAAGCAAAUGGAAGCAAACAAAGAGAAAUAUUUAGUUGAGUUAAAAGAACUUCAAGAUGGUAUCGCGCCUCUCGAAGCCGAUCUGAAAGAGAAACAAAAUGCUAAAAGCGAGGUUGUUAAAAAGAAUAGGAACGAAAUAGAUAUAAAAAAUAAUUACAUUAUGAAAGUCGUAAAUGCCUUUGAUAAAGUAAAGAUCAUAGACUUAGAGAUCCGCCAACACAAGGAAAGAAACAUCCAGAAGGAAAUGGAUAAAAUUAAAGAAGCCAAUGAGAAAUUGAUGGAAAAACAGAAACAGAUUAUGGCCGACCGGGAUGUUCUCACAAAGAAGAUAGAUAGCUUGAGGGAUGAGCUAGCUAAGCAAGAGAUAUACAAACGAAACUUGGACGACAACUUAAAAUUACGUAAAGCCCAAACUGAAAUCGAGACUUGCGAGAAAGAUUUGGCAGAUAUCAACGAGAAACUGAGCGGAGUUAAUACAGAGAUGUUGUCUCAGAAGGAAGAACUGAUUUCCAAACAGACUAAGAUAUUUAGAGAGAAAGCACAGACUGAGGGAAUGUUGGGCGAGAUGAAGGAGAGCCUGAAGCAGUACCGGUCGGAGCUGAAGCGCAGCGCGAGCGCGGGCGUGGAGGCGCGGCACCGCGAGCGCGCGUGCUCGCUGCACGUGACGCGCGCCGUGGACCGCGACGCGCGCGACCUGCUCGCCGCGCUCGACCGCUGCCUGCUGCAGUUCCACCGCGACAAGAUGGAGAACAUCAACCUUAUCAUACGUGAAAUGUGGAGAAAAAUAUACCGGGGAAAUGACAUUGACUACAUAGAAAUUAAAACAGAGGGUACUAUGAAUGCCGACUCGGAUCGUCGGAAGUACGAUUAUAGGGUGGUCCAAUGUAAAAAUGGUGUGGAAAUAGACAUGCGUGGACGCUGCAGUGCAGGACAGAAGGUGCUAGCCUGUCUCAUCAUACGCCUGGCUUUAGCCGAAACAUUUAGUUCCAAAUUCGGUAUCCUCGCGCUGGACGAGCCGACAACGAAUUUAGACCAAGAGAACAUUCAAAGUUUGUGUUCAGCUCUUGGAGAAAUAGUUCAAGAGAGAAUGACCCAGAAGAACUUUAUGUUUAUCAUCAUCACCCACGACAGGGAGUUCAUCGAAUCUCUAGGAAAUAUUGAUAAAGUCACACAUUAUUACGAAGUUUCAAGAAAUGAAGAAGGAAAAUCUAGAAUUAAGAAAAUCAGAUUUACAUAAAAAAAUCAAAAAUAUUCAUUUCAUUCCGAGAUACCACUGUAAGACAAUUACUGGAAAAUAUAUAUAUAAAAGGCUGUGCCUUAAACUUUAUUUAAGAUACAAUUUUAUUUCGUAAGAAUAAUAAAACAAUUUUUUUGUUGA